CUGAAAACAGCUGGCUAGUUCGCUGCCUGACCUGGUCUUUAACUCAGAGGAUUUCUUCCAGGAACAGCAUGGCUGAGUCAGAUUUCCCCCUACCCCCGGAGGCGUACUCCUGUCCUCUGUGUGUGGAUGCUCUUAGGGACCCGGUCACCAUCCCAUGCGGAGACACCUACUGCCUAGAAUGCAUCAAGAUCUACUGGGACCAGUUCGACCACAUCGGGGUUUACACCUGCCCGCAGUGCCGCGCCACCUUCACGCCACGGCCCGUGCUGAGACGCAAUGUGCCUGACGUAAACCAAGAUCUGCGGCGCCACCUGCCGGAGCUCAGCCCCUUCCCUUACCUGCACAGAGACUCCCUUUGUGAUUUCUGCAUUGGGCGUCGCAGCAAGGCCGUCAAGUCCUGCCUGAUGUGCUUGGCCUACUACUGCGAGACGCACGUCAAGCCCCAUUACGAGUCGGCCACCUUCAAGAGACACAAGCUGGUGGACGAGACGGGUCACCUGGACAGGAAGAUCUGCCCCCAGCACGAGAAGGGGCUGGAGCUGUUCUGUCGCUCGGACCAGAUGUGUAUCUGCGUGCUGUGUACGGUCAGGGAGCACCGCAGCCACAACAUCACCUCAGCAGAGGAGGAGCGCACCGAGAAACAGAAAGUUCUGGUGGUGACUCAGUCGGAGGUGCAGCACAUCAUUCAGGAGAGGAUGAAGGAGUUGCAGGAGCUCAGGCACAACGUUGACGUUCUCAAAAGCUGUGCCCAGCGGGCCCAGACCGACAGCGAUAAGACCUUCCACGAAAUGCUGCAGGCAGUGGAGCGCUGGCAUGCAGAGGUAAGCCAGCUGAUCAAGGCCAACAUGCAGGCCGCCAUGUCCCAGGCCGAGGGCUACGUCGAGCGGCUGGAACAGGAGAUACUGGAGCUGCAGCGCAGGGACGCAGAGCUGCGGCAGAUCCUCGACACGGAGGACAACAUUCACUUCCUGCAGAAUUUCCCUACGCUGUGUGUUCCUCCUGAGCCCAUGGUGCCCAAGGUCUUGAUCAACCCUCAGUUCUCCUUCGGAGAGAUGAGUAAAACGGCCACCGACAUGAAGGAGCACCUAGAUGACAUCUGUAAGAAGGAACUGAGCAAAAUCUCAAAAACAGUUAGUGAAACUCCUGUUUACAUACUUUUGCCAAGAAAUGGAGACAAACGUCUUAAAGUUCCCUCUAGGGCAGAUUUCCAGGAGCCAAAAUCCAGAGCAGACUUCUUGAGAUAUGCCUGUAAGAUGUCCUUUGACCCCAACACUGUCUAUAAAGAACUGGUCCUGUCUGAAGGAAGCCAGAGGGUAACACGAAAGAAAACGGUCCAGUUUUACCCAGAACACCCAGAGCGCUUUGAUGGCUUCUCCCAGCUGCUGUGCAGGGAGCCUCUGACCGGCUUUCGGUUCUACUGGGAGGCUGAGUGGAGCGGAGAGUUCUCCAUCGGGGUGGCCUACAAGAGCAUCAGUCGCAAGGGGAAAAACUCUCACAGCCUCCUGGGUUACAAUGACAAAUCCUGGAGCCUCCUCUGCUCAGACUCCGGCUACUCCGCCUGGCACAACAAAAUAGACCAAGACCUUCCCGCCGCUGCCAGAGCCACACGAGUAGGCGUGUAUCUGGACUAUGCUGGCAACACAGUGGCCUUCUACUCAGUGUCAGAGACCAUGGAGCUCAUCCACAGAUUUAAAGCCCAGUUCUCUCAACCCCUGUAUGCAGGUUUUGGCGUGGGCUCCUCAGUUACCCUGUGCCAGCUGAAACAGAGCCCCCUGCCUUACUGAUAUAAACGGUUAAGUGACAUGUAGCUACCAUUCCUACUUAGGAACCACAUCGCUGACCUAAUAAGCGGUGUAUAGUUUUAUUUAAACCAUCAUUUAUUAAUAAAACAUUAAAUACCAUCCAAAGAAAAUCAUUCAUUCUUUAUUUUAUUAUGCCACUUAUACCCAUCCAUCAUCCAAACCGCUUAUCCUGCUCAUUUGGGCGUCGGGCGGGGAGACACCCUGGACAGGCCAGCAGGCCAUCACAGGGCCAACACACACACACACACACAUUCACACUUAGGGACAAUGUAGUACGGCCGAGUCACCUGACCUACAUGUCUUUGAGUCACCUGACCUACAUGUCUUUGGACUGUGGCAGGAAACUGGAGCCCCUGGAGGAAACCCACACAGACACGGGGAGAACAUGCAAUCUCCACACAGAGGACGACCCCCAAGGUUGGACUACCCCGGGGCUUGAACCCAGGACCUUGUCACUGCGAGGUGACCGUGCUACCACUUAUACCCACUUACUCUAAUUCAGGCCGACAAGGGUGCGGAAACGAUCCCUGCAGGCCCUGGGUGGAAGGCAAGGAGAUGCUCUGGUAUAGUCACCUGUAUAUCUCAGCACCCAUACACAGGUUCGUUCACAAUCCUGUUCGUAUGUAUGGACAAUUUGGAGUCUCCAAUAUAUGUGUGUCUUCAGACUGGGGACAAUACUGGUGCACUGGGGGAAACCCCAUGUUCACGGCAGAAGGACGUUGAAACGACACACCAAAGGGCUGUGAUCAAACCAAGGAAUAUAUAUAUAUAUGCUAUAGUUAGAUGGAUAGAUGGAUAUGACCUCUUAUUUAAGUGAUACAACAUGUUUCUUGCUCAUAUUAUAUGACAUAUAUUUUACAAAAUUUGCCAAAAAAACAAAUUCAAAUAAAAUUGUCGGACCUGGUGAGUAGGUGAGAUGGGUUGGUUGCUGGUAUGAGGACUAUACAAACAGCUCAGGAGAAAUAUUUGAAAUUGAAAAAGUGAACAGUUGAGUAGUGAACUGUGCUAGUGCUCUCGAAGGAGCAAGUGAUAUUCUGGCGAAGAAGUCACCU